AUGUCACCGCCGUCGGCAACCGUCGACAUCCACCGUGAAGUCGACGCUAGGAUCUGGCGUGCUUGUGCUGGUGCCUCCGUUCAGAUCCCUUCACUAUACUCUAGGGUUUAUUACUUCCCUCAAGGACAUGUUGAGCACUGUUGCGCUUCCUCUCUCAUCUCUUCUUUCCCUUCCACUACCUCACCAGUUCCUUGCCUCGUCUCUUCCAUCGAGUUACUCGCCGAUCCGAUCACUGACGAGGUUUUCGCUCACCUUGUUCUUCAACCUAUGGCUCCUGAUCAGUUUAUCCCGAUGAAUAAUAGCAACAAUCUCUCUAGAUUCGGGAGGUAUGAGUGUGAUGAAGAUGAGAAUAAGGUUGUUACGUUUGCGAAGAUUUUAACUCCUUCUGAUGCUAACAAUGGAGGUGGAUUCUCUGUACCGCGUUAUUGUGCCGAUUCGGUUUUUCCUCCGCUUGAUUUUCAGGCGGAUCCUCCGGUGCAAAAGCUCUUUAUCACCGAUAUCCAUGGCGUUGUUUGGGAUUUCCGGCAUAUCUACCGUGGUACACCGAGGAGACAUCUAUUAACCACCGGAUGGAGCAAGUUCGUGAACAAUAAGAAGCUAAUCGCUGGUGAUUCUGUUGUAUUUAUGAGGAAAUCGGCUGAUGAGAUGUUUAUUGGUGUAAGGCGAGCACCAAUCUCUAGUAACGUCGGAGGAACAAGCUUCUACGGCGGAGAUGAGUACUGUAGUUAUUAUCAGAGCAGUGGAGGCGUUGCUAAGGAAGACGACGGAAGUGCGAAGAAGGGGUUUAGGAGGACUGGGAAAGGGAAAUUGACGGCGGAAGCUGUGUCAGAGGCGAUCAAGAGAGCAGCACAAGGUCAGCCAUUCGAGGUAGUGUAUUAUCCUACUGCUGGAUGGUCGGAUUUCGUGGUGAGAGCUGAAGAUGUUGAAGCUUCGAUGUCCAUAUACUGGAAUCCUGGUACUAGAGUGAAGAUGGCGAUGGAGACUGAAGAUUCUUCGAGGAUAACUUGGUUUCAGGGCAUUGUAUCUUCUACAUUUCAGGAAACAGGUCCAUGGCGUGGAUCUCCAUGGAAACAACUUCAGAUCACUUGGGAUGAACCUGAGAUUCUGCAGAACGUGAAGAGGGUGAAUCCUUGGCAAGUGGAAGUUGUUGCAAAUCCAAGUCAACUUCAUGCCACUUACCCUCCGACAAAGAGGUUGAAGUUUCCACAUAGCGGAGGGUUUUUUAGCGGAGAAGAAGGAGAACUCUUCUAUCCUCAAAGAGGACUGUCUAGUGUUGCAGCACCAGCUGGGGAUCCAAGUCCCUAUCUGUUCUCGUAUACUACAUUUCCUGCUGGCAUGCAGGGAGCCAGGCAUUAUGAAUUUGGGUCUUACAAUCCAACCGGUUUCAUUGGAGAGAAUCCUCCCCAGUUAUACACCAAUAACUUCUUCAGUCCGCUUCCAGGGUUGGGAAAAGUCUCGACGACUGAGAAGAACUUUGGCAGUCCGCCAUCUGCAGAUGACUUGUCGCCUAAUAGCAACAGCACUAAUCAUUCCUCUGGAAACCGAGGCCCAACUCCAGCAAGAGCUAACUCGUUUCAGUUGUUUGGCAAGAUCAUUAACGUGCAGGAGCUUUCUGAGAGCGGUCUUGCCGAGUCUGGCUUGUACGAAGAGGAUGGAAGCAAAUCAUCCAGUGACAAUGAAGUUCCGAAUGAGACACAGUUGUCCUUGAAUCACGGUCAUCAAAGCCAUUGA